GGGGACCGUCCUCCGCCUCGAUCGCCGUCCGCCCAGGGGAUGGAGUUUCCAGAGCAUCCCCUCCCUCAGUCCCGUCCCGUCGCUGCGCUCCCCUGGGGUGGCGGCUCUCCGCACUUGGCCCCCGCCGGAGCGAGGGCGGGCGGGGCGAGCGCCGCGCUUCCCCCGCUCCCUGCGCGCCUCGGGGCUGCUCCGAGCGCCGGCCGUGCCGGGAGCAGCACCGCCGCCUCUGCCCCUCAGCAACCUGCCCGGCUGGGAAUAAAACCCCCCGCUCCCCGCCGCCAAGGGAGGGCGGUCCGGACCGCGGAGCUUUCCUCCGCCCCGAUUUUUGUAGUUUUUUUUUUUCCUUUUCUCCUUUUUUUCCCCUUUACCCCUUUCUCCUUCUCCAGGAGAGAACGCCCCGAGCGCGCUUUCCGCGCAGUGCCGCGCUCGCCUGGCCCGAGCGGCCCCGGGCGGGGCGGAGGGGCGGGAUGGCGGCGUCGGCCCGCUGGGUGUUGUGCCUGUGCCUGGGCUGGGGCUGCCUGUGCCUGGCUCUGGGGGACGCGCUGCGGCCGCGCCGGCUCGGGCUGCGGCGCCGGGCCGCGCCGGGGGCCGUGCGGGGCGGCCGCGCCCGGGCGGCCGCAGGUGAGGACGGCGCGGGGCAGCGGCGGCCCGGGCGGCCGGCGGACAGGGUGGCGGAGCACAUGCUGAGGCUCUACGAGCAGUACCGCGGCGGCCGGGAGCCGCCGACACCGGCCGGGCCGUGGCUCCGCCGGGGCAACACGGUGCGCGGCUUCCGCCCGCUGCCGGCAGGGAGCCCCGAGGGCCAGGAGAUGUACGUUUUUAACCUGACAUCACUCACGGAGUCUGAAAAUGUCCUGUCAGCUUCGGUGUAUUAUUAUGUUGGUGAUCUGCUGCACGUGGAGUGGAACUGUUCCCAGCCCAGUGGCUGUUCUCAUCACCGGCACAGGCCACCUGAAAUUCAGAUACGUCUUUCGGUUUGGACCUUUCCUUCAGCUGGGAACCCGACUCGCAGCCUGGGACAUUUCCUCAUAAAUGUCUCCUCUGCCUACCAGGAUGUCCUUUCCUGGCAGUGGAAGGAUAUCACUCGGCUCCUGCACGAAGCAAAGCGAAACAACGAGCUGCUGCUCAGUGUUAAAAUGGAUCUGCCCGGCCGCCAUGCCUGGGAAAGGGCAUCUUCCUCCUACGAGCCCUACAUCCUGAUUUACGCCAACGAUUCCGCUAUCUCGGAGCCAGAGAGCGUCGUCUCCACCUUGCGAGGCCACCGUCACCCUCUGGCCAGGGUCCUUCCCAAGCCAGAGGGCCACAGGAGGAGCAGCACCAACAUCCAGCGGAGGAAGCGCUCCGCAGGCGCCCUGCUGCCACUGCAGAACAACGAGCUGCCGGGAGCCAAGUACCAGUACGGCGAGGAGCACAGCUGGGAGGCCACCAAGCCCUACAAGGCCUUCCAGCCACAGCUGGCAGACAGGGCCAGGAGUAAGAAGAAGCAGAGGAAGAGUCACGUGCACAAGAGCCAGACUCUGCAGUUUGAUGAGCAGACACUGAAGAAGGCCAGGAGGAAGCAGUGGAACGAGCCGAGGAGUUGCGCCCGGCGCUACCUCAAGGUGGAUUUUGCAGACAUCGGCUGGAGCGAGUGGAUUAUUUCCCCGAAGUCCUUUGAUGCCUAUUACUGCUCAGGAGAAUGCCAAUUCCCAAUUCCAAAGGCCAUGAAGCCAUCCAACCACGCCACCAUCCAGAGCAUUGUGAGAGCCGUCGGAGUCGUCCCCGGCAUUCCCGAGCCUUGCUGUGUUCCUGACAAAAUGUCUUCUCUCAGUAUCUUGUUCUUUGAUGAGAACAAGAACGUGGUUCUGAAGGUGUACCCCAACAUGACAGUGGAGUCCUGUGCGUGCCGAUAACGCCUUGGGCCCUGCCAGGGUGAUGGCUGGCUGCCCGGGGAAGGGGGUGGGCAGGAGUCUCAUCACACCUGCUUCGUGUUUGCACUGCCAAUGCAUUUCCUUUGGACAGGAAAGAGAAAAUGUAAAGAUUUCCAGUCAGUCAGAGUGGGAGCAGGAUGGAUUGCAAGCAGUCAUUCCAAGGAGGGUGAACACAAACUUCCUUUGUCCGUGAUUCUGACCGAGACACCGGGCUUGGCAAUGGGACCUGACUGUACCUGUUGGAAGCAAGAGCUGAAAGAAGAACCUGCAGAUUUUUGAGACUGCCCAAAGGGACAUAGUGAUCUAUUUUCGUACAAGAAUUUGGAAGCAGCACAGGCUGGUACUUCUUAUCUCUGUUCUAAUGGUGGGGAGAGGUUAGACAUGUAGUAGUCUUCAUUUUAAAGCUGAGUUUCUUGCCUUAGGUUUUAGAGUAGUACAGCAAGGCAGCAAAACCAAUCUGACAUCCUGAAAGCUGUAGGUCAGCCCUCGUGGCCGUGCACCUCCUUGGUAGGAGGUUAUCCACCUUGUGUGUGAGUUCCUUUGCACUGACACGUGCUCUGUGCUUCAGCUCUUGGGAGCUCCAAGCAGCGCUGCUGAGGGCAUCACUCAGCCUUCUGCCAUGGAUACCACGCUCAGUGAGGUGCCAUGAGUUCUGGAAUGCUCUUCCAAAACCUGUGGGCUGUCUGCCUGCAAGGAUGCUGUGGCCAGGUUGUGCAGCGGCCUCUUCUCCCAGGUGACAAGUGACAGGAGCAGAGGUCACAGCCUCAAGCUGCACCAGGGGCGGGUCAGGCUGGGCUUGAGGAAGAAUUUCUGCAUGGAGAGAUGGUCAGGCAGUGGGAGGGGCUGGAGUCACCCUGCUCGGAGCUGUUCAGGAAAGGAUCAGACUGGGCACUCAGUGCUCUGAUUUAGCUGGCAAAAAGUGGUGAUUUAGUGGUGAUUCACUCUUCCAUACUCUGGGGGCCCUGAACUCUGCAGCAGCAGGGUGUCACUCCUGGGGCAGGGCUGGCCCCAAAGAUUGGCACCCUCAGCUGAGCAGAGGCUUGUGAGUUUGCAGGAUGGGUUGUUCAGUGGCUCCUUUUUCCUUGUAAAACCAGCAUUUUAAGUGAUUUCUGGGGAAAGGUUUAUCUGUGUACAGACUGUCAAUUUUAAAAAGUGAAAAUCACCCCCCAAAAAUAAAAAUUAUUUUGUAUAUGGAAAGAAACUUUUACAGAUGCUUCUAAUUUAUUUUAUAUCCACGGCCCUCCUAAUGUAUCCUCCUUCAUCUCAGCAUUCUUCAAACCAUGCAGUUUUCUCUGUCAGUGCAAGGAUGAACUGCCAGGACUGCAGGGGAGCUCCAAAGGGCAGGUGCACCCGCAGUGUUUCACUGCUGGUCUGUAUUGUUUUCCUUCAGGAAUGUGGACAUUGUGCUCGGAAUUCCGGAGAAGCGGAAAAUAAAAUGACUUUAAAAUGAAAA